ACACAACACGUCACAAUCUACGGCGCGGGGUUGGCUGUGGUGGCUAAUUGGCUAGGACACAAUUGCAACGUUCACCACAGGUGCGAGGAAGCGCGCGCACGGACGCAUCACAUCACUUUCACGGUGUGGCCAUCACAGUUUAACUCUCCGGAUGUGCAUCGUCCUGCCGAGCUACACAAAGUUGGAGGAGAACGAUGAAGUGAUGGCUUCAAGAGGAGCCUUGUUGGCAGCAGCGAUCUUGGUGGGCGAGAUGUACGUAAGCGACGAUCGUUCGGAGAGAGUGCCAGAUGGGGCUCGAGCUCUGGACCGAGCCGUCAUUGCUGGCCGCCUCGGCUCUGCGAAGACUGUCGUUGAAAGGCCAGUUGCUGGGGGCGCCGACAAGCGCGUCUGGCAAAGCGCCUCGGCUUGCAGAGAAGGCCCAAGGCUAAGACUCACCAGUGUAGGCCUCCUGGAGCCCUCUGCCAUCGCCGAGAGCGGCGGAAGGCUGUAGAUCGUGCUGCCGUUGAUGGUCUGGCUUGCCGGAUCGGCGUUUUGAUCGUGUUGAGGUCGCGGUACCGG